AUGAGCCCCAUCACUCACCACAACCACCCCCACCACCACCACCAACUCUCCAAACCCACCGCCUCAACCCUUGCCUCCGCCACCACUCAAGCCUGCGCUGCCUGCAAGUACCAACGCCGUAAGUGCGCUCCCGAUUGCAUCCUCGCCCCCUAUUUCCCUCACGAUCGCCAACGCCAAUUCCUCAACGCUCAUAAACUCUUCGGCGUUAGCAACAUCACCAAAAUCAUUAAAAACCUCGAUCCAUUCGAGAAAGAAGAGGCAAUGCGCACCAUUAUUUUCCAAUCCGAUGUCCGAUCCAUGGAUCCCGUUGGUGGCUGCUAUCGCAUCAUUCGCGACCUCCAACUCCAGAUCGAAUACAUCAAAACUGAGCUCGAUUUCGUUCUCAGUCAAUUGGCGCUUUGUAAGCAGCAGGCCGCCGCCGCUGCCGCCGUCGCCAUUCUCGAGGCGGAUCCGAUGAGUGGAUACGGCGGACUUGAGCAUCAAUUUGUGGAGGGAUAUGGAGGGGAAGGGUUUGUAGUCGGGGAAAAUGAGAAUCGGGAGACUCUGGAAGAUCAAGAAGUCGAGGUUUGGGGAAUUCAAGAUUCGUGUUCUUCCCUGCAAUUGAAACCGGCCGGCUCUGUUCAAGAUUUCCAUGAUAUCAAGAUCGAUACCAAUAAUACUAAUCACCAUCAUCACCAUCAACAACAACAACAACAACAACAACAUCUUCUUAGGUUUCAACAGGAUCAUCAUGAUCAGGAUCUGGUUCAUCAGAGUGAAGAAGCUAUGCUGAAGAUGGACAAUGUGAUGUUAAAAGAGUCUGACCCAAUACAACAGGCUCAAGAUCAAGAGCUUAAAGGUGCAGUUGACACUUUAUUUACCUUCCCAACUUGUGAUCCUUAGCUUCAACCCAAUCUUGUCUCCUUCCUUCCCUCAUUAUAGUUUUCUUUUUUCUUUUUCUUUCUUUUUUGCUUAUUUAGUCCAUAAAUGCCUCUGGAGAAGAAAUUAUGGUUUGAGUGUCUAUAAAAGAAUUGAAUAAAUUACACCAUUCUCUACUUCUAUCUUCUCCCCAUAUUCAUUUCUGGUAUUUUAGA